AUGGAAGCAUCUUCUGUACUUCCUUGCAAGUGGUGUAUCCACUUGGAAGGGCUUCUGAUCACAGCCUCCCUUUUAACCUGCUGGCACCUGCCUACCACUGCACAAAUAACCAUUGAAUUAGUGCCACCCCAAGUGAUUGAAGGAGAAAAUGUUCUCAUACGUAUUGACAAUCUGCCAGAGAAUCUUGUAACCUUAGCCUGGUUCAGAGGAACAAGGAUUAAGAGCCCGCAAAUUGGACAAUAUACCCUGGCCACUAAUACUACUGUGCUGGGGCCUGGUCACAGUGGUAGAGAGACUUUGUACAGCAAUGGAUCCCUGCAGAUCUACAAUGUCAACCAGGAGGAUAUAGGGUUCUACAGCCUACGAAUCAUAAACAGACAUGCAGAGAUUUUAUCCAUAACAUCCAUAUAUCUCAACGUGUACUCAUCUCUUUGGACAUGUGAGCACCCUUCUCCCUAUGCCAAGCUCACCAUUGAAUCAGUGCCACCCAGAAUUGCUGAAGGGGAAAAUGUUCUUCUAUGGGUUCACAAUCUCCAAAAAAAUCUUCUAUCCUUUUUCUGGUACAAAGGGGUGGUUGCAGUGAAGAAAUUUGAGGUUGCCAAGUACAUCAAAGCCACAAAUUCAAGUGUUCCAGGGCCUGCACACAGUGGUCGAGAGACAGUAUACAGCAAUGGAUCUCUGCUGCUCAAGAAGGUCACACAGUAUGAUAGUGGAUUCUAUACUCUACGAACUAUGAGUACAGAUCUGAAAGAUGAAGUAGCACAUGUGCAACUCUACGUGGAUAAUUCCCUUUCUACUUGCUGUCACCAUUUGCAAGUCAAGAUUGAAUCAGUUCCUCAGAAUGUUGCUGUAGGAAAAAGUGUUCUUCUCCUAGUUCAUAAUAUGCCAAAAGACUUUCAAGCAUUUUUCUGGUACAAAUCAGCAUAUAAGAGAGAUCAAUUCAAAAUUGCAGAAUACAGCAGAGCAUUAAAUUCCACUAUCCUUGGGAUGGCAUACAGCUUAAGAGAGAUGGUAUACACCAAUGGAUCACUGCUGAUAGUUGAUGUCAUUGAGGAGGAUGCAGGAUUUUACAUGCUAGAAAUUUUAAGAAAUGAAUUAAAUAUUGAAAAAGCCCACAUUAAACUCCAUGUAAAUCGCUUUGUUUCAAACUUCAAGGACUCUCUUUCCACUGCACAGCUCAGUAUAGAAUCAGUGCCACCCAGCAUUGCUGAAGGUGAAAGUGUUCUUCUACAGGUUCACAAUGUCCCAAAAAACCUUCUAUCCCUUUUCUGGUACAAAGGGGUGAUUGCAGAGAAGAAAUUUGAGCUUAUCCAACACAUCAUAGCCACAAGUUCAAGUAUUCCAGGGCCUGCAUACAGUGGUCGAGAAACAGUGUACAGAAAUGGAUCCUUGCUGCUCCAGAAGGUCACACCGAAUGAUAGUGGAUUCUAUACUCUACAAACUAUGAGUACAGAUCUGAAUAAUGAAGUGGCAUAUGUGCAACUCCAGCUAAACACCUCCAUUUCUGCUUGCUGUCACCCUUUGCAAGUCAAGAUCGAAUCAGUUCCUCAAAAUGUUGCUGUAGGAAAAAGUGUUCUUCUCCUAGUUCAUAAUUUGCCAGCUGACUUUCAAGCAUUUUUCUGGUACAAAUCAGCAUAUAGGUCAGAUACAUUCAAAAUAGUAGAAUACAGCAAAGUGUUUGAUUCUGUCAUCUCGGGGCCUGCAUACAGUGGAAGAGAGUUGAGUUACACCAAUGGAACACUGCUGAUACUUGAUGUUACUGAGAAUGAUGCAGGAUUUUACAUGCUAGAAAUUUUAAACAAAGACUUCAAAAUUGAAAAAGCCCACGUUCAACUCCAUGUAAAUCCCUCUGUGUCAAACUCCAAGGACUCUCCCUCCAUUGGACAGCUCAGUAUUGAGCCAGUGCCAUCCAGAAUUGCUGAAGGUGAAAGUGUUCUUCUGGUGGUCCACAAUCUCCCCAAAAACCUUCUAUCCCUUUUCUGGUACAAAGGGGUGAUUGCAGUGAAGAAAUUUGAGCUCAUCCAACACAUAAUAGCCACAAGUUCAAGCAUGCCAGGACCUGCACACAGUGGUCGAGAAACUCUGUACAGCAAUGGAUCCCUGCUGCUCCAGAAGGUCACACCGAAUGAUAGUGGAUUCUAUACUCUACGAACUAUGAGUACAGAUCUGAAAGAUGAAGUAGCACAUGUGAAACUCCAGCUGGACACCUUUAUUUCUACUUGCUGUCACCCUUUGCAACUCAAGAUCGAAUCAGUUCCUCAAAAUGUUGCUGUAGGAAAAAGUGUUCUUCUCCUAGUUCAUAAUUUGCCAGCAGACUUUCAAGCAUUUUUCUGGUACAAAUCAGCACAUAGGUCAGAUACAUUCAAGAUAGUAGAAUACAGCAGAGCCUUGGAUUCUGCCGUCUCGGGACCUGCAUACAGUGGAAGAGAGAUCGGAUACCCCAAUGGAACACUGCUGAUACUUGAUGUCAUUGAGGAGGAUGCAGGAUUAUACAUGCUAGAAAUUUUAAAUAAAGACUUCAAAAUUCAAAAUGCCUAUGUUCAACUCCAUGUAAAUACCUCUGUGUCAAACUCCAAGGACUCUCCCUCCAUUGGACAGCUCAGUAUUGAGCCAGUGCCAUCCAGAAUUGCUGAAGGUGAAAGUGUUCUUCUGGUGGUCCACAAUCUCCCCAAAAACCUUCUAUCCCUUUUCUGGUACAAAGGGGUGAUUGCAGUGAAGAAAUUUGAGCUCAUCCAACACAUAAUAGCCACAAGUUCAAGCAUGCCAGGACCUGCACACAGUGGUCGAGAAUCUCUGUACAGCAAUGGAUCCUUGCUGCUCCAGAAGGUCACACUGAAUGAUAGUGGAUUCUAUACUCUACGAACUAUGAGUACAGAUCUGAAAGAUGAAGUAACACAUGUGGAACUCGAGCUGAACACCUUCCUUUCUGCUUGCUGUCACCCUUUGCAAGUCAAGAUCGAAUCAGUUCCUCAGAAUGUUGCUGUAGGAAAAAGUGUUCUUCUCCUAGUUCAUAAUUUGCCAACAGACUUUCAAGCAUUUUUCUGGUACAAAUCAGCACAUAGGUCAGAUACAUUCAAGAUAGUAGAAUACAGCAGAGCCUUUGAUUCUGCCAUCUCAGGGCCUGCAUACAGUGGAAGAGAGAUUGGAUACCCCAAUGGAACGCUGCUGAUACUUGAUGUCACUGAGGACCAUUCAGGAUUUUACAUGCUAGAAAUUUUAAAGAAAGACUUCAAAAUUGAAAAAGCCCACAUUCAACUCCAUGUAAAUAGCUUUGUUUCAAACUCCAAGGACUCUCCCUCCAUUGGACAGCUCAGUAUAGAAUCAGUGCCACCCAGCAUUGCGGAAGGUGAAAGUGUUCUUCUACAGGUUCACAAUGUCCCAAAAAACCUUCUAUCCCUUUUCUGGUACAAAGGGGUGAUUGCAGAGAAGAAAUCUGAGCUCAUCCAACACAUAAUAGCCACAAGUUCAAGUAUUCCAGGGCCUGCACACAGUGGUCGAGAAACAGUGUACAGCAAUGGAUCCUUGCUGCUCCAGAAGGUCACACCGAAUGAUAGUGGAUUCUAUACUCUAAGAACUAUGAGUACAGAUCUGAAAGAUGAGGUAGCACAUGUACAACUCCAGCUGGACACCUCUACUUGCUGUAACCUCCUCACCUCUGACCAACUCAGGAUUGAACUGAUGCCUCAGAAUGUUGCUGUGGGGAAAAGUGUUCUUCUUCUCACUUAUAACAUACCAGAAGACAUUCAGACACUUUUCUGGUACAAAUCGGUGUAUAGGACAGAUAUAUUUAAAAUUGCAGAAUAUAGCAGAGCCAUGGAAUCCACUAUCUGGGGGCUUGCACACAGCGGAAGAGAGAUGUUAUACACAAAUGGAUCCUUGAUGAUCCAGAAUGUCACUGAAAAUGAUGCAGGAUUGUAUAUGUUAGAAAUUUUACACAAGGACUUCAAAACUGAGAGAGCACAUGCACAAGUCCAUGUAAAUAACCCUGUUUCAUGGCCCUUUGUGAGAGUCACUGAAACCACAGUCAGAGUCCAGAGCUCAGUGGUCUUCACUUGCUUCUCAGCUGACCCUGGAAUCUCCAUCCAUUGGCUAUUCAAUGAGCAGAGUCUGCAACUCACAGAGAGGAUGACACUUUCCCCGUCAAAGUGUCAACUCACCAUAGAUCCUGUCAGGAAGGAGGAUGCUGGAAAGUAUCAAUGUGAGGUCUCCAACCCAGUCAGUUCAAAGACCAGUCUCCCAGUCGGCCUGACUGUGAUGGAAGUGGAAGAGUGA